AUGAUUUGUUUUUAUCUUUUUGCUUCCGUAAUAUCAGAGCAGUUCAACGGGGAAGAUACUCUUGUUAUUGAGGAUGGUGUUACUGAAAUCAAUGAAUCUCAAUACGAGAACUGUUCUAAUUAUACAAAAAUUAUUUUCCCAACAAGUCUCCGCGUUAUAGGAAAUUUAGCAUUUGCACAUUGUGAAGGUUUAAUACAUCUCAAUUUUCCACCAAAUUUAGAACGAAUCGGCAAACAAAGUUUUAUAGGAUGUUUAAACUUAACAACAGUUACAUUUUCCAAUGCACUGAAAAUAAUAAAUAGUUAUACAUUCUGCAAUUGCUCAAGUCUUUCUACUCUUUCUCUUCCUUCAAGCUUAGAAAGCCUCGAACGUUCAAGUUUUCAAGACUGUACUCAACUUACAGAAGUUGCAUUCAAUGCAUCAGAUACAAAUAUUAGUGCUGCAGCAUUUUCUGGCUGCUUAUCACUCACAAAUGUCACUCUACCAAAAUCGACAAAAAUUAUCAGAGAAAGUCAAUUCGAAAACUGCAGAAAUCUCACAAAACUAGUUAACACUGGAAAUAUUGAGAUUAUUGAAGACAAAGCGUUUACUAACUGUUCAAAAUUUUGGGAUUUUACUUUCGAAAAUUUAAUCGAAAUAGGUUCCUUUUCUUUUCAAAAUAGCAACAUUGGUGUAGCAAUGUUUGGUAGCGAAUUAAAAUCUAUUGGUGAAUACAGUUUCUCAAAUUGUCAAAAUUUAUCUUACGCUGAGUUUUAUUUAAUCGAUACAAAACUAUCAGAAGGAACUUUUUCACACUGUGCCUCCUUAAAUAAGUUAAGUAUGUCAAUAAAACAGUCCAAAAUUCCUGAUUAUUUUGCGGAUGGAUGUGAAAAUCUAAAAAACGCAUAUCUUGGUGAUGAAUUAAAAGAAGUAGGUGAUUGCGCAUUUAGAGAAUGCUAUAAUUUACAAAAAGUUUCAUUUUAUCAGUAUUUGACUAAAAUUGGAGAAAGUGCUUUCGAAUCAUGCACCGGACUGACUUCUGUCACAUUUGAACAAUGUACCUUAACAGAAAUUGGCCCUAUUUCCUUUUACGGUUGUUCAAAUUUAAAUUCUGUUGUUUUACCAAAACCGAUAGCAAGUAUUAAUAUCGGAGCGUUUGCAUUGUGCACUGAUUUAAGUCAUGUUACCCUUCCUGAUACAUUAAAAGUAAUAAACGCCUCUGCUUUUGAGGAAUGUAUAGCAUUAUCUGACAUUAAUUGGCCAGCAUCACUGGAAUACAUCGGUGAAAUGGCGUUUUUGCUUUGUUUUGAUCUGAAAGAGCUGUUUCUCCCCAAAACUAUUGAAUAUAUUGGUGAAAGAGCAUUUUUUGCAACUCCUAACUUGAAAAAAAUAACAACUGCUUUGAAAAGCGAUUUUAUAAUAUGUGAUACUGCGUUUAACGAUCUUUUGAUGCUGAAUGAGCUCGAUUUUCUCUCAAAUAAUUUUGAUAUACUUAAAUUUACCAAUAAAUCAAACAUUACCAAGAUAGUCUUUAACUCUGACUUAAUAGUAACAUUUCCUUGUAUUAGCGACUUCAUAUUUUUGGAAAAUUUGACGAUUAUUAAUCCAAUUAAUUCAAUUUCUAUUCCAAGUUAUUUUGUUUCUGGAUACCUUUCUAUUUACAUUUUUGCGAACAUUGGCUCGGUUGCAAUUGAUGCUUUCGCUGACGCAGAUAUAAAAGAAAUCUUCCCAAAAAGUCUGCGAAUUAUCAAAAAUUAUGCAUUUCAAUCAUGUGAAGGAAUAAAGCAACUCAAUUUUCCACCAAAUUUAGAACAGAUCUUUGCACGAAGUUUCUUUGGUUGUACAAAUCUGACAACGAUUACGUUUUCUAACGCAUUGAAGAUCAUUGGUGUUCAAGCAUUCUCUGGUUGUUACAAACUUGCCACUCUUUCAUUACCAAGCAGCUUAGAAACUCUUUCAUCACACAAUUUCAGAGAUUGUAAACAGUUGACAGAAGCUGUGUUUAACAGCAAUAAUACACUAAUCGAUGCAAGAUCAUUUAGUGGUUGCUCAAAUCUUACAAAAGUUAUUUUACCAAAAUUUAUCAAAAUUAUCAAAGACAGAACAUUUGAAGAUUGUGAAAAUCUAGAAGAAAUCAUCAAUAUUGAAAGUAUAGAAGUUGUUGAAAACAGUGCUUUCUCAAGAUGUUCAAAAUUAAGACAAUUUAAUUUUAAUUCCAUCAAAGAAAUAGGUUCAUAUUCUUUCUAUCGGUGCAAUCUUGAGACAAUAAGUUUUGGUGAUAGUUUGAGAUCAAUUAAAGAGAAUUCUUUCUCGGAAUGUCAAAAAUUAUCAAAAGUUGAGUUCGGCCAUGGCAAUCCUGCACUUUCUUCAGGUAUAUUUUCAUUGUGCAGUUCAUUACAAAAGCUUCUCUUGCCAAAAGAACUAACAAAAAUCCCUGAUUCUUUUGCAUCUUUUUGCACGAAUUUAACUAUUGUUUCUCCACUCAAUAAAGUAACCGAAAUAGGUAAUUCUGCAUUCUAUGGUUGUUCUUCUUUGAAAGAUUUCAAAUUUGGUAUCGAAUUAACAAAAAUUGGUGAAAAGGGCUUCUCAAGAUGCACUCUAGCCUCUAUUGACCUUAAAGAUACUAAAAUAAAAGAAAUAGCCGAUCAUUGCUUUGAUUCAUGCAAAAAUACCAUUAAAAUUGUUUUUCCAAAUAAUUUGACCGUUAUUGGCAACAAUUCAUUUUAUGGUUGUCGUUCUUUAGUUCAUAUAAACUUUCCUGAAUCACUCAGAGCUAUCAAUGCUUCGGCGUUUUUGAGUUGUUCAGAAUUAAUCAAAAUUGAGUUACCAAAGUCACUAGAAAUUAUAGGAGAUAUGGCAUUUAAUUCUUGUUUUGCCAUGGAUGAACUAGUUCUUCCGGAAAAACUCCAAUUUAUUGGUUCUAGAGCUUUUGAAGAUUCAGAAAUUCUGAAAAAGAUCACAAUCUGCAUGGAUCCGCUUAUCAAAAUAAACGAUGAUGUGUUUGGAGAUCUCUUUCAUUUAAAUGAAUUAGUUUUUCAUUCAAAUAAUUAUGAGAUACUCAAAUUUAUUAAUCAAUCAUUGAUUCGCAAUGUUACAUUUGACAGUUCCUCAGUAACAACGAUUCCUUCGCUGUGUUUUUGUCCAUAUUUGAAAAAUUUAAUAAUUUUAGAUCAAAAAAGCUCAAUUUCUCUUCCAAGUCGAUUUGUUCAAAGCCAAGAUCUUCAUAUUUACAUAUAUUCAAACAUUGACUCAAUUGCAGAUGAUGCUUUCGCUGAAGCAGAAAUUAAAGAAAUUAUUUACUGCGGAAACACUACAGUUGUUGGAGAUUUCCUUGUAAAUGCUAUUUCCUGUGAUUCUGUCCAAUGUUCACUUAAUUAUAAUAAAAAAACAUUCGGAGGAAAAUAUUUCAACAGUAGCAAACUCGUUUGUCCGUAUUACCAUGUAGGAAUGAGCAAGACAAUCAAGGUUAUUAUUAGUUUAUCAGUCAUUGCCGCUGUAAUUUCAAUAAUAAUUGUUUCAUUCUAUAUUUAUCGAAUAAGAAAAGACCAAAAAUAUAUCAAGGAUAAGAUGUUAAUACAAAAACUAGUCGUAGAAGAUUUCGGAUAG